GCACGCGUGUGGCCUCUGCUCUCCUCCCUUCCACCGAACAAGAAGCACAGCCACCGCCAUGGCCAUGGCCACGCAAGCCUCGGCGGCCACCCGCCACCUGGUCACCGCGGCCUGGUCUCCCUCCUCCAAGCUCCGCCCCACCUCCCUCGCGCUCCCCUCCACACGCGGCCCCGCCCCGCUCUGCGCCGCCGCCUCAGACAAACCCGCCACCAAGGAGGCCGCGCCCGCCGGCUUCGUCCCGCCGCAGCUCGACCCCUCCACGCCGUCCCCGAUCUUCGGCGGCAGCACGGGCGGGCUCCUCCGCAAGGCGCAGGUCGAGGAGUUCUACGUCAUCACCUGGACCUCCCCCAAGGAGCAGGUCUUCGAGAUGCCCACCGGCGGCGCCGCCAUCAUGCGGGAGGGCCCCAACCUCCUCAAGCUGGCCCGCAAGGAGCAGUGCCUCGCGCUCGGCAACAGGCUCCGCUCCAAGUACAAGAUCGCCUACCAGUUCUACCGCGUCUUCCCCAACGGCGAGGUGCAGUACCUCCACCCCAAGGACGGCGUCUACCCCGAGAAGGUCAACGCCGGCAGGCAGGGCGUGGGCCAGAACUUCCGCAGCAUCGGCAAGAACGUCAGCCCCAUCGAGGUCAAGUUCACCGGCAAGAACACCUUCGACGUCUAAUCUCAUACGUACAUGCGUGUUAGCUCGUGGAUCGUGGACGGAAACGGAACGGUAGUUAUCGGUGGGUGGCCAUGGUGGACGUCCUGUAAUUUUAAUUAUCGAGUUUCAGUGAUGGAUUCGGUACGGUGAUGAUGAUGCUGCAUCAGAUUAUAUGUACAUGUUAAUUUGGUGAUGAUCGAUGAUACAUUAAUUGCUGUA